CCCACAUUCUCCUCUUGUUAUUAUACUUCUUAUUCCCUAAGUUGCCCCUCCACAAAACAAUAAGAAUUAAGAAGCAAUACCCAUAAGUUGCCACCUAUCUUUAGCUUAUUAUUAUAUUUCUUAUUCCCUAAAACCCAACAACAACAACCAUGCAAUCUUCUCUUCUUUCUCAUUCUCCUCUUGUUGUACUUGCUGUUCCUCCUCUUUUGUUAGUCUCCCUUUUAUCCUUCUUUUUUAUUCUAAUUCUAAUUACUCUUUUUCAAUUGUUAUGGAAUGUUUAUCCUAAAGAUAGAAGACUUCCUCCUGGUUCCAUGGGUUGGCCUUAUCUUGGAGAAACUCUUAAGCUCUAUACUGAAAAUCCCAAUUCCUUCUUUUCUAAUAGACAAAAAAGGUAUGGUGAUAUAUUUAAGACCUAUAUAUUGGGUUGCCCUUGUGUAAUGAUAUCAAGUCCUGAAGCAGCAAAGAUUGUGCUUGUUAGUAAAGCUCAUCUAUUCAAGCCAACAUACCCACCAAGCAAAGAAAAGUUAAUUGGACCGGAAGCUUUGUUUUUCCACCAAGGAGAGUACCAUUCUAAGCUCAAGAAGCUUGUCCAAGCUUCUUUUCUUCCUUGUGCUCUUAUGGGUGCUGUGUCUGAGAUUGAGAAUAUUGUCCUCAACUUUCUUCCUACUUGGGAGAAUAACAAAGUCAACACUCUACAUGAAAUGAAAAAGUAUACAUUCGAUGUGGCGAUGAUUUCAGCUUUUGGGAGCAAAGGAGAAGUAGAGAUUGAAGGCAUCAAACAUUUGUAUCAAUGCUUAGAGAAAGGCUACAAUUCUAUGCCAUUGAAUAUCCCUGGGACUCCUUUUCAUAAAGCUAUCAAGGCAAGGAAGCUUCUAAAUGAGACAUUAAGGAAGCUUAUAGCAAAAAGAAGGGACAAUGAUAACAUAGAUGGAGGACUACUGGGAGUGUUACUAAAAUCGCAAAAAUCAGUCAUUAACUAUCAACUAUCUGAUUCUCAAAUUGCUGAUAACAUUAUCGGAGUGAUAUUCGCUGCCCAUGAUACUACGGCUAGUGUUCUCACGUGGAUUCUCAAAUACUUGCACGAUAAUGAACAACUUCUCCAAGAUGUGACGAAGGAACAAAUAGAAGUUAGACAAAGAUUGAUUGAAGCUAACCGUGGUCUUAUGUGGGAGGACACUAGGAACAUGCCAUUCACUAACCGGGUGAUUCAAGAGACAUUGAGGACAGCAAGUAUACUAUCAUUUACAUUUAGGGAAGCAGUUCAUGAUGUGGAGUUUGAAGGCUACUUGAUUCCUAAAGGGUGGAAAGUCUUACCCUUGUUUAGAAGUAUUCAUCAUUGUGCUGAUUUCUUCCCUCAGCCUGAAAAGUUUGACCCCUCAAGAUUUGAGGUGCCACCAAGACCCAACACAUAUAUGCCAUUCGGAAAUGGAGUUCAUUCUUGUCCCGGAAGCGAGCUAGCUAAGCUUGAAAUGCUCAUUUUACUUCAUCAUGUCACCACUACCUACAGGUGGAAAGUUGUAGGAGAUGAGGAUGGAAUUCAGUAUGGUCCAUUCCCUGUUCCUAAGAACGGUUUACCCAUAAUGGUGCACCCACGAAAAUGAAAUUAUUUCGUAUUAUUAUAGUUAUUUCCUAGGAAAUUUAAUUUUGAUAUUUAGCUAGCAACGAAAAAAAAGUGUUUUAUGGGAGGACUCAAAGCCAGCAACAAAGAAGGCAACGUACCCCAUUUGUAAUUCUUAAACCUUAUUAUCCUUUUAACGACCCUAAAUCAAUUGCUUGUCAUAAUAGGGAUUAUUAAGAAAUCCAAUUUUUUCUUUUAAUAUUAGUUGUAAUCAAACUUUCAUCUUGUAUUACAAAUUGUUUUUAUGAUGAACCACAUCCAAUUUGUGUGUAAUCAAUUCACAUCAUAUAUAUUGUUAUGCACAAAUUUAAUAACAAAUUUAUCAUGUAAAACCCCUGGCUGUCAACGAUGUCCAGCUACGCGGAUUUUUCUUGUGCUACAUUAAUACUGUGUCCGACUCCUCCUUCACUACAAUGGACGCAAAUAAAUGGAAUGUAAUGUUUUUUUCUUCACU